CGUGUGUGUGUUUGCAGCAUGCCAGUUUGUGUGGCCUGUGGGUGCAGUCUUGAAUACAAAAGGACAUCUUCACAGGUUCAACGUCAGCACGUACUUGUGUUUGCGCAGGAUUCUCAUUUUUCUGGGAACUGCCAGCUGCAGGUAUGAGGGCCUGCUUGGUAUUCACUUGCUUACUGGCAGCAACCUUUGCCCUUUCUGUCAAAAGCAAACCUCAUGGAAAACAUCAUGGAUCGCACAAGACUUCACACACCACCAAAGAAAAGGAUGUUAUCACUGAGGAGGCCAACGACCUGCAGGUUUUGCCCACUUUAGUCAUGUCGGAGGCCGGCAGCAGCCAAGAGCAGGCAGAUGAGGAACUGAGCUCUGAGGAUAACACAAAUGCCAAGAAGGAGGAUGAAGUAGUGACAGGAAAGAGAGAUAAAAGCACCGCAGUCCUCUUGAGCGAGGAACAACUGGUAGAUCUGUUGAAGAAGGAGGCACAAGAUGAGGAAGAAGCAGAGGAGAGAGAGUUGGAUGAGAAAGAAAAAGCUGGCCAGGCCAGCUUGGAAACAGAGGAAGAGUUAAAAAAUGAGGAAGAAGUGAGGGAUGAUGAUGUGGAAGAUAAGGUAGAGGAGGAGAUUGAGAAGAUUCCUUUUGAGGAAAAGCCCGAUGUCACGAUGGGUGACAAGGAAGAGACGGUAGCAUUCCUGGAGGAAACAGAGAGCAGCACAGAAUCAGAGCUACCGACCGAUCUUGAUUAUGCUGCUGACAGUGGAAUUAUCCAACCUCUACAAAUUGUAUCAAGUGAGGUCAAACCCCACUCUGAUGACACCAUUUCAGGAAAGGAUGAUUCAGAUUUUAAAAAGAAGGAAACCAGUGAGAACGAGCUGCACACUUCUGAUGACUACCACCACCAAGGCAUGCAAGCCACUGAGGCGAGAUACAGCGAAGACGGGCCUGCUCAGCUGAAAACAAGAUCUCAAGGAAUGGGCAUCAAUAAGAAAGAUUCUGAAACUCAAGAGGUAAAGAGCAACGGGGGGCUUGAGUCAGACUCCACUUCAUCCAGAAAGAAUGAAGAGGAGAGCAAGAAUGACAGUGGAAUCAACAGCAAGGGAAAGACAAGGAAGCAGAAGAAAAACCAAAGGCAAAGGAAGCACUCGCCACAGAGGGAUGAAAGACAUCCCGGGCAACAACAGAGGCAGGAUUUACAAGAGUCUGAGGACAGUAGCAUUGAAAAUACAGCCCAAAAGGCUAAGAGGAGAAGAGCAGGAAAAUGGGGUCCUUUAGUAGGUGUCAAUCCAGUGCAGAUAAGAGCUACAGUGGAUCUGUAUCCUGGUUCCUCUUUUAGUGGGAGCACCGAUCUACCGGAAAAUCCUGCUGAUCCAUGUGAUAAUUUCCGUUGCAAGCGUGGAAAAACGUGCAAGCUUGAUGCAGACGGUAAACCAGGUUGUGUGUGUCAAGAGCCGUCAGAAUGUCCAACCAGCAUAAAUGAAUAUGACCAUGUUUGUGGGACAGACAACAGAACAUACGAUACUUCAUGCGAGCUCUUUGCCACCAAAUGCAAGCUGGAGGGCACUAAGACGGGCCACAAGUUUCAUUUGGACUACACAGGCCCAUGCAAAUUGAUACCUCCAUGUUUGGACACAGAGCUGAUCCAGUUUCCUCUACGAAUGAGGGAUUGGCUGAAAAAUGUGCUGCUGCAGCUCUAUGAGCAUGAUUCUGUGUCCCCUGGCUACCUCACCCCGAAACAGCGUUUCAGAGUGAAGAAAAUAUUUGAGAAUGAGAGGCGCCUUCAUGCCGGCGAUCAUUCUGUUGAACUGCUCGCCCUGGACUUCGAGAAGAACUAUAACAUGUACAUCUAUCCUGUUCACUGGCAGUUUGCUCAACUGGACCAACACCCUUCUGACAGGAUGUUGACCCACUCGGAGCUGGCCCCGCUGAGGGUUCCUCUGGUGCCGAUGGAGCACUGCACCUCUCGCUUCUUCCAGGAGUGUGAUGCUGACAAAGACAAACAAGUGUCCUUUAAAGAGUGGACCUCCUGUUUUGGGAUCAGAAAUGAUGAUAUGGAUCCCAACCUUCUUUUCUGAGAUGGAUCUUGCAUGUCAUCUCCCACGCAAGCUCCAGGAAGCUGCUCUCUGAACCAUCUGGCUCUUGAUAUUUUAUCGAAAUAUUAAAAAAUGGAAAGAAACAACAAAAAACAGAGGCACAGAUCAAAAAUACAAAUUUUACCUCCUGCUAUCAGACACACUGUUGGUUAUCGUAGCUGAUAUCUUGAAUUAGAUGAAGCUUCAGAAUUUCACUUUGUCAUCUGCUAUUUCUGUUAUACUGGUAAAUGUAUUCAUUACAAAACAGAAGUGUUAUCUUUAGCCAGUUUAUUCCAGAAUCUGUUUUCUAAUGCAUUCCAGACUGAGGGAAAGUUUACUUUGACCUUUACGUUGAAACAGCGUUGCAGAGUAUGCGAUGUCAGGUUUAAACAGCCUUUAAUGUGUAUGUUUGUGUGAUUUAGUGCAGAAUUACUCUAUAAAUGAUGAAGGAUUAGUUUAAGUUCAAACCUUUGUGUUAUACUGUUAUUAUAAAUCAGUAAUUGUACUGCUUAAUAUGGUAGUAAAUGCUAAAAAUGUCUUCUGAUAUCGUGCUUUAUCAUAUCUCUGAUUAAAGUUUAGUGGAAAGCAAAGCACUUGACACCAUCAUUAUAAA